UAUUCAUUCAAAUAGGGAUGUUGAAUGCAAUUGAUAUGAUGAGGGGCGUUGAUAGUUUGCCUGAGGAAAUCCUAAUGGAAGUGUUGGGCCGUUUGGUUCUGCUGGACGACAUGGUCGUCUUCGGCGCCGUCUGCAAGUCUUGGCGUUCCGUCUCAGUCGCCGCCGCUCUUCACCACAAAAUCCGCACCCCUCCCGCCGUCCCCUUCCUCCUCCUCCCCGAGGAACAACCACAACAACAACAACAAGAAACUGUAGAAGAAAAAGAACCAGAAGAACAGGAAGAAACAGAUGAAGAAUAUGAAGAAGAAAUAGAAACUGAAGAAGAAGAAGAAACAGAAGAAGAUGAUGAAGAAUAUGAAGAAGAAGAAACAGAAGAAGAAGAUGAAGAAGAAAAACAAGAAGAAGAAACAGAAGAAGAAGAAGCAAAAGAAACAGAACCAGAAGAAGAAGAAAAAGGAACACAAGAAGAAGAAGAAGAAAAAGGAACAGAAACAGAAGCAGAAGAAAAAGGAGCAGCAGAAGAAGGCUGGGGUGUGCGUAAAUCCUACUGCUUGGCUGAGAAAAGAAUUUACCGCCUGAGAAUGCCUCAAACAAUGGGCAAGAAAUGCUUCAGCAUCGGAUUCGGUUGGAUGCUAACGAUAGGCCUAGACUCGCAAAUCCACAUUGUGCAUCUCUUACGCCGGGGGCGUCAAAUAAGUCUCCCCCCUCCAUCCUCCCUCCCCCAAAGAUAUGAUCCCACCGCUUUCACACCCCACCAAAUCCGAUGCGGCACAUUCAGAAAGGCCCUCGCAUCCGCCGACCCUUAUUUGUCUUCUCCUCGUUCAUCAUCCCCGUGCAUCAUCAUGGCCAUACACGGAGGCUUGUGGCAUUUGGCUUUCACUAGGCCCGGGGCCCACGACGCCUGGACGGGCGUCGACUUGCCUACUCCCAGGAAUUUCUUCAUGGACGUCGUCUUCCACCGCCAUAAGUUUUACGCCGUCACCCAAGCGGGACGCAUCACCGUCUGCACCAUCACCUACGACGACCGCGUGUCCGCUACAGACUUGGGGACGGAGUCGUCGAGUCACGUGGACGAGGUCUCGCAGAAGUACCUCGUCGAGUCGCGCGCGGGGGACUUGCUGCUCGUGUGCCGCAUCUUAGACGUCGAGGCCUCGAACCGCAAGCGCGAGGACAUCACGGACCGCUUCGAAGUUCUCAGGCUGGAAGAACGAGCCGCCGCGGAUGGUGCGGGGCCCACAGACGACGACGACGGCAGCAGCAGCCGGCGCAAAAAGUACGAGUUCACGAGGGUCGACAGUCUGGGCGACCAGGCAAUCUUUGUCGGGGACAACGCGUCGUUCUCCCUGACAGCGUCGUCCGCCAACGGGUGCAAGCCCAACUGCAUCUAUUUCACUCACGACGAGUUCCAGUUCGGCAUUAAACCUAUUGGAUCGGACAUGGGAGUGUAUAAUGUAGGAGACGGCACCAUCGAACGGAUUCCCGUCGUCCAUUCCCUUUCCUCUUUUUGUCACCCACUUUGGUACAUCUAGUCACUUUAUGUUCAUUUCAGUGCAUUUCAUAGCAAUACAGAUUCAUAAUCUGCACAGCAAAUGGAUUCACCCAAAGCAUCAAGCAUCAAGAGUGAAUUAAGAACUCAAAUAAGACCCUAACUUGUCAAAAGGAAACAUGUGAAUAAAGAACAGAAUCUCAA